AUGGUUUCCAAAAUUCUCCUCGUCAUCACGACAGCCUCCCUCCUCACAGGCACCCAGGCCAACCCGUGCCCGCCCCUCGGCCCAACACUCCCAUCAUCCAAGACGCCCAGAAACUCGACUGCCGUCAAAGAAGCCAUCGAAAAAUUUCAAGAGGGGCUUGUCAGCCAGACCUCUUCCCUCCAAGGAACGGGCAUCUCUAUCGGUGUAAAGUCUAUCCACGAGGAUCGCCCUCUUUUCGAUUGGCACUUCACCCCGCCCGUUGCAGACAACCGCAGUACCUCAAAGGUCGAUAUCGACACCGUCUACCGGGGCGGCAGCAUCACCAAGCUCUUCACGACCCUUACGGCUCUGCAGAACACCCAUGUCAAGGGAACAGACCCCGUCACCAAGUACCUUCCGCAGCUGAAGACAGAGGCCAUCAAAAACGAGGGCCAGCUCAACUUCGUGCCGUGGGACAACAUCACCGUCGAAGACCUCGCGUCGCACGUCUCUGGGUUGGGAGGUGACAACCUUCUGAGCGGCCUCAACAGAAAGCCUCUCGUCUUCCGUCCCCACACGACCCCCGUCUACUCCAACAUCGGUCUCUCCCUUCUCUCCCUCGUCGUCGAAGCCGCCACCAACAAGACCUACGAAUCCGUCCUCACCGAAACCAUCCUCACGCCCCUUGGCCUCACCAACACGUCUAUCGCCGUCCCCGCCAAUAACGCCUGGGGCUUUAUCCCCAAGGGAGAGACCACCUGGGGUGGCGACCUCGGCGUCUACGCCUCCGCCGGUGGCAUUUACACCAAUACGCGCGACAUGCUCACCUUCGGCACCGCGAUCCUCUCCUCCGACCUCGGUAUCGACACGGGCUCCUGGCUGAAGCCCCGGGUCUUCACCUCGUCCCGCGGAUACUCCAUCGGCGCUCCCUGGGAGAUUUGGACGUCCUCAACGCUUCUCGACUCGGGCGUCCCGGUGUCCUUCUACACAAAGUCCGGCGACCUCGGUCUCUAUACCAACGUGCUCAUCGUCGUCCCGGACUACGACCUCGUUGUGUCCAUCCUCACCGCAGGCGCAGAGGCGGCAGGCUCCUUUCUGUUCCCCGCCCAGGUCAUCAGCCCUCUGAUAGAAGCUCUUAUUCCGGCCCUCGAGCAGGCGAACAAAGAGUCCGCCGAUGCCGCCUUUGCAGGAACAUACGCCGACGAGGAGACGAACUCAACCCUCACCCUCUCCAUUGACGACGGCCCGGGCCUCUCACUCACGAACUACACGGUCCGCGGUGUCAACGUGCUCGCCAACAUCCCCAACUACGGCCUGAGCCCCUCGCGCAAGACCUUCAACGUCAGUGGGAGGCUCUACCCGACCAACAUCCGAGAGGGUAACCAGUGGUCGUGGCGCGCCGUCUACAAGAACCAUGAUGAGCCAGAGGUCGACGGCAAGCUGUUCUAUCCUGAGGGCGGGUGCCAGACCUGGGGCCUGAUCGACCGCAAAACAUACAACUAUUUGGCCCUGGACGAUUUUGUUGUUACCGCCGCAGACGAUGGAUCGGCCGAGAGCAUCUUGCCCCGGCCCUUUGGCGUCACACUGAAGAAGAUCUGA